GAAUCGCCUGCCUGCAACGUGUCUGCAGGCAGCAAUAAGCUAGAUAAGAAACUGACAGCAUCGACGGCAACACUCUCCGACAAAGAUCCGCGUGACAUUUCCAACAAUGGCUUCAAUCGGUUCGACCCGAAAUACGUCAGUAUCGGACCGAAGGCGAUCCGCAACACGGUCAACAGUGCGACGGUGAACGUGAACAAAUGCGCCACCCUGCGCCACGGUGGCCGUUACGGCGGUUCGCUCAGCGUGAGCAGUGCCGGCGGUGGUGGUGUCGGCAGUGGUGCCGGUAGUGGUGCCGGCAGUGGUCACCAUGCAGGAAUGGGUCUGGGUGGAAGCCGCUCCGGUACGAGCCCAAGUCCAAAUCUGAAGAACGUUCAACAGCCAAUGUUAAGCCAAAGCCAAACACAGCAAUACAAGCAGCACCACCAAGAGCGAUCCCAGACCGUCAUACAGAUGGGUGGUGAAAUGGGUGGGCUGGAUCGAACGGACCAAAAGCUGGCCAUUUCGACCGUUUCGAAAGAGUACAACCAACCGUCGUCGUACUCAUGUGCUACGCUUCCGUACAAGAAGCCAGGCAGCGGUUUUACGGAGACGUCAUCCGCUCCGUCACCCGUAACUACAUCGAUUCUGAAGAAGGAGAGCAAUUUAGAUGGCCACCACCAGCAGCAGCGGUACGCUCCGACCGUUUACAGCAUCGACACGUCCGCCUAUCACCAUCAGCGCGAGGGCAGUGGCAGUAGUUACCAUCACUCGUCGCAUUCCCCGAAUGUUCAGCAUGCCUCGGCACAAUCGCAGAACUAUCACCAUCAGCAACAGCAGCAGCAGCAGCAACAGCAGCAGCAGCAACAACAACACCACAGAUCGUUGUCCAGCACCAACCAGCUGUAUCAGGAAACCGGUGCCGGGUCGGCGUUUGCAAGCCCUCCGCCGUCCAUCGCUUCGACCGCCACGACGCGCUCAAACGUGUCCAUAAUCAAUCAGCCGCUGCCUGACAUUCCUACCAGUGCCGGCGGAGGUGCGAGUUCCAUUAAAAACAGCCAGCAACCGCUGUGCGCCGCUACCCUGAACCAAUAUCGCUCUCUGCAGCGUCCCCACAAGCAGCAGCACCAGCAGCAGCAUAAUGGAGGCAUUUCCGUAACGUCCCCGCAACCGCCGGGACUCGGUGUCGGAAAGCCCACGAUUCCGCCGAAAGUGACCCCACCGAUGUUGCCACCGAAAAACCGCCACAAAGAUGACCCACACUACCAGAGCAAAUCGUCGGCGCUGGCGUCCUCGAUGAGCUCGGGCGCAGGAGCACCGCCGCCACUGCCAUCGUCUCGGCCACAGCAACCGUUACCUCAGCCCCCACCACCACCUCCCUCGCAGUCCCAUCACCAUCACCACAGUCAGCCACAGGUGGGGGGCGGCGGUCAGGGCAAGUCGUCCUUCGCACAAGCGCACCAAUACGGCGCCGGCGGUGGUGUUUCGAGUAACUUCAAUGCCAUCCAGCAACAGCUGCAGAACCAGCUACACUUCAAGCAGUACCAUCAGCUGACGCAGCAACCGUGGCAGCGUGAGCAGCUUCCCAGCGGUGCGCACACCGCCAGUGCCAAUGCCGGUAAUUUUGCUGGCUACGAGCGUGGAUCGGGCGCCGGUGGCAACACCGGCAGUCGCAAUCGGUCGUACUCCGGCGGUAGUUCCGGGGGUGGUGGCAGCGAUCAUCACUCCGGCAAACCGAACAACAUCGAGAAGGCCAAGGGCGGCCAAGGGAUGGUGGCCAGCUAUCAGACGCUACCGAAAAACCACCACCACCAUCACUAUCCGCCACAACAGCAGCAGCAACAGCAAUACCAGCAACAGCAAUCGAGUUCGUUCGGGUCUGUGAGCAGUAGUGGCGGUGGUCAGCAGCAACCGAAAAGCAUUCUCAGCAAAACUCGACCCAACGAAACUCGUGAACGCGAGCAGCGAGAACGCGAGCGGGAGCAACGGGAGCGGGACCGCGAUCACCACCACCGAGACAGGGAGAGGGAGCGGGAUCGAGAUCGCGAGCGAGACCAUCGGGAUCGGGAGCACCGAGACAGAGACCGUGAACGGGAUCGUGACCGGGAUCGUGACCGAGAUCGUGAACGGGAUCGUGACCGGGAUCGUGACCGGGAGCGGUCCGGACACCAUCACCGAAGCAGCCAUGAGUACCACCAAGACUCGAGCCACGGAACAACGGCGCCGCCGUCGGCGAACAGUAAAAACCCGAACGUUUACUAUCGCUCGCUGCAGCGCGGCGGUCUGCAGGCCAACAACGAUCUCUACUCGGUGACGGAGUUGUGA